AUGAUAUGUGUCAAAUCAAUCAGAAAGAUUCCCAAUUUGCAGGAUUCUCGGCAAGAUUUGCGCAUGUCUAGUUUGAGUAGAAACGUAACUCUUAUUUUGGUCAAAGGCUCCCCAUUUACUCACAGAGUUGAGUGGGCUCUAAAGAUUAAGGGAGUGAAAUAUGAAUAUAUCGAAGAAGAUCGAAAUAACAAGAGCUCUCUACUUCUUCAAUCAAAUCCAGUUCAUAAGAAAACCCCAGUGCUCAUUCACAACGGAAAGUCCAUUGCUGAGUCUAUGGUAAUUGUUGAAUACAUUGAUGAGACAUUUGAAGGCCCUCCCAUCCUGCCGAAAGACCCUUAUGACCGAGCUUUAGCUCGUUUCUGGGCUAAGUUCCUUGAUGAUAAGACGGCAGCAAUGGUGAAUACUUUCUUACGCGAAGGAGAGGAGCAAGAAAAAGGUAAAGAGGAAGUUUGGGAGAUGCUGAAAAUUCUUGAUAAUGAGCUCAAGGAUAAGAAAUUCUUUGUGAAUGACAAAUUUGGGUUUGCUGAUGUAGCUGCAAAUUUUAUGGGACUUUGGCUAGGAUUAUUUCAAGAAGGCUCUGGAGUUGUAGUAGUCACAAGUGAAAAUUUUCCAAAUUUUUGUGCUUGGAGAGAUGAGUAUGUUAACUGCAGCCAAGUCAAGAAAUAUCUACCUCCAGAAGAUGAGUUGCUUGCUUUUUUCAAAGCUUUUCUAUCUGCAGCUUCUGCUUCUGCUACUGCUAAAAAAUGAAUACAUCCUCGUUCAUCUUAUGAAGUUUCGGAUUAUGUGUCGGAAUAAAACUGAAUAUCUAGGACGAAUGCUAUAAAUUCAAUUGUGUAAACGUCAGGAAAAGAAAAGAAAUUGAAAUACUCGUAUUUCUAUAA